AUGGACCUGUCACGAACAAUCCAUCUACCAGAGCUUGAUGGUAAUCGUCAACAAUUCAAGGUCCGACAGUUAAUAACUGAUAUUCCGUUGGAUUCAGCUCAAAAUGAGAGUAUCACCUACAUAUCUACAUAUCAAGCAAAUUUAUAUAUAGCUACUUCCUUAGGUCAAAUACUACAUUAUCACAAGUUUGAAGAUGCUCCAGAAUAUUUCCUUAUUUCAAAAAUCAAUGUUGGAAGUGAAAGAAGGCCAAUUAACAAACUACUUGUGUUGUCUUAUACCGAACGUAUAUUGAUAUUAAGUGGUGACACUGUUUACGUCUACACUCUUCCAGAGCUUUCUACGUGUCGAAUUGGUAAAAUAAAAGACGUUUCCUAUAUUCUGCAUUUAACUCAAUUAAAAAAAUCAAUUCCUAACCCACCGAAUGAUAAAGCUAUAGUGUAUACAUCUGAUAAAAUUCACCUAAUCCAAUUCAGCUCCGACCUGAUCAAAUCAUUAAAAGUCAUUAAUUACUCCAAAGCUAGAAAGGGUAUAUCUUGCUCUAGUGGUACAUCCCUGAACUAUAGUAACCUUUGUUUGGUCGCAAAUGAUAAAAAUUAUGAUAUAGUCGAUUUACAGCAAACAAGAAAAAUACCCUUGUUUGAAUAUACACUGGAUCCUUCGGAAGAAGUAGAACCAUUCAUCGUCCAAUUCAAGAAUAGCUCCGGAAAUGAAGAGUUUUUACUUACAGCAAGAUCAGAUGCCACUGCCUCGAUAUCUAUGUUCAUCAAUUCCUUGGGCGAUGUAACUAGAGGUACAAUUUCUUGGAUAAAUGAGGGAUACCCUUCAAAUGGGCUUGUAAUACACUGGCCAUAUGUAAUUGGGAUAUUCACAUUGCCCGAAGGAUCUACUCAAAUGAUUUUUAGCUCUUUAGAAUCUUUAGACAUUCGCCAUAAAAUUGGAAUGAGUGAUCUCCCUACUCAGAUCAUGGAUGAGCAAAAGUUGAAUAAUUUUAAAAUAUGUGAGGUCAAUUCAGAAAUAAAUUUUAAUAAUGAAAGUCUAGAGUCGAUUUUGAAAAUAAUGACUUUUACGGAAAAAGAAAUCUCAGCUCAAACUGAGAAUAACUCUAGUGGAAAGCUUUUGAUAUACAACAAUAACCAAAUUUUUUUAUUCCAUGAAGAGGAUGAAGUUGUUGCUUUAUUCAGUCGAGCACAAAAUUUGAUUAUGGAAGGACCAUAUGAAGAUCUUAUUUCCACAAUUGACAAAAUGUAUGAACUGAAAUCUAAUGCCAAACAGACAUUCAUUCUCCAAUUGAAAAUGCUUAUUCUUAUUGCAUCACAUAAAUUUAAUGAAGCUGAAACUCUCCUUGGCCAAAUUGAUUUAGACCCAAGGUUCUUUCUAUUAGCAUUCAAUGUCAAGGCGCCAGAAAAUUUCUUUUCAGAUUUUGCAACUUUUACUGGGAUCAAGACAAUUAUCUCACUCGUUAAGGAUCUUAAUAUCACCAAUGACUCAUUUAUAUCGCUCGUCUUACAGAAAUACUAUAGACAGCCCAACGUUCCACAUGUCACUUCAUAUCUCAGAUAUUUACUCUAUACCACGAAUAUUAAGUCUAAUGCCGAUUUAAUAACUCUUAUAAAUGAUGAUCAAGGAUUCUGGGAAUCUUCUGAAUCAAAUAAGAUUGAAAUUUUGAAGUACAUGGAAGAGAAAAAGUUCUAUUUUGCAUUAUUACAUAUUCUUCUACUUCAACAAGCACAUGAACCAAAUGAAAUGAAUGCCGUUAAAAUUUGUGAUUUGACAGUCAAACUACUAAAGGAAGAAAUCUCAGAUGAGAAUUUUGACUUGGUAAAGAUCACAUUCAAGGAAUUGAAAGAUCAUUUCAAUGAUAGCGAAGCUUACAACAAGUAUCUCCUUGAAAUGUUGAAGAUUUGUCCAAAUGAUGGUGUUGCGUAUCUCAAGGCCAAUAAAACCAGUAAACACAAACAAACACAUAAUUCAAUUUUAAAGGAUAUAUCCAGAACUUAUCAAGGUGAAUUAGAUUUCAACUCUUUGAAAAUCGAAUAUCUUGAAUCAACAAUAGAAUCGUCUGACGCUUCCCUAGAAUCUAUAGAUGAAUUGCUUACUGAAUUAUCUGCAUUAAUAAAUCACUCUCAUGAAACAGAAGAAAUUAUCAAUUUCAACAUUUUGAAAGAAACAUACAAACUUGAGCAUUCUCUCGCCGAUCCAGAAUGGCCUAAAAUAUCCUGGAUUGACUAUCUCAGUAUAAAUAAAAAUAGAAGUGAGUGCAAAAAGUUCACAGAGAACUAUUUAAAAGUAUUUGAGCUUCUUUUGUUUCGUUUUUUAAGAUACCCCAGAGAGUUGGAUCACUUAAACGAAUUCAAAGAAAUUUUAAAUAAGGACUAUUUAGAAUAUCUACAAAUAUUUUUCGAGAAUGAAAAUACUAUCGAAAACUUGUUCAACUUAGGUGAUUAUUCAAGUGCUGAAAUUUUUAUUACAUAUAACGCGUUGCCAUUUCCUUCCAAGCCAAUUUAUUUUAAUGACUUUCAGAAAUACUACAAAAUAAGAAGUGAUCACGAUAUAAAAAUAGAUUUACAAGAACUUUUUCACCUAUAUAUGAGUAUCGACAAUGAACAAAGUAAAAUUCUUACAACCAGACACUUCAUUACCAUAGAUACUUAA